AUAAAAUAAUCGGAAAUAUCAAGACCGGCUCUUACCAUCGUUAACAACGCUGUUUUUUAUUUAGUAAAUAAACUUUGUAUCUUUGUAUUUUAAUCAAAAUGACUAAGAGCAAGAAGCAAUUACGCGAGCUGCAAGCGGUUAGAGAAGCAGAAAAAGCCCAUACCGCCCAACUGAACACAUGCAACGAUGCAUAUACAAGAGGAGCAUUCAGCUAUCUUCGUUUUUUGGUGCAUAUAUUGGCAGCGGCACAAUUCACAUAUGGCAUUUAUUAUUAUUUAGUGAAAGUACACUUCCCGAAGCACGUGAACGAGGAGGAUGAGCUCAAGACGCGUUGGGGCGGCAAGUUUAAAUACCUUACCUUUUUGGAUGUUAUUAUUCAGGCCAUAUAUCAUAGCGUGGCCUUAGCAAAUGAUAUUUUUGGCAGCAAUGUGGUCUCAACGGAAUCAAAAUCUGUGCUACGUCGCACGCGUGAUUAUAUAUUUGCAACGUUUGCAUUUCCGAUCGCACAUAAUGUUUGCAUAUCGUUCUGGGUGAUUUAUCUAUAUGAGCGCGAACUCAUAUUUCCAGAAGCGCUGGAUGCCAUUUUUCCUAGCUGGCUUAAUCACAUGGUGCACACUAAUGUUGCCCUUUUGGCAAUCAUGGAUAUGUUUACCUGCUUCCGUCAGUAUCCCAGCCGCAUAGCAGGUGUCACAGGCAAUGUAUCGUUUAUGCUGCUCUAUAUAAUUUGGGUGCACAUUGUACGCUAUUUUAGCGGCCAUUGGGUAUAUCCCCUGCUUGAAGUGUUACCUUGGGCAUUGCGCUACCUGAUGCUGUUGGGAUUAGUUGGCUUUAGUUUGGCUUGCUACUUUGUAGGAGAGGUUGUCAACAAUAUUGUGUGGUCGCCGGAGUUGAAGCUGUUAAAGCAGAAGAAGAUCAAACAGGGUUAAAGUAAUUUGUUACUUAAAAAUGUUAACAGCAAAGAGAUUUGUCAUUCUACUUGUUGGCUUCAAAGAGGCUACUUCUAUACAUAUUCCAACUUUGUAAAUGUGUUUAAAUUAAUUAAAAGAAAA